AUGGCUCCAGGGAAGAGGUCCACAUGGACCUCACGGAAACCCGAAGAACCUAUGCCAACUGAUUACGAGAAAAUAAGGGCUAUGAAUAUGAUGAAGAACAAUCAAUUGUUUCAACGGCUAGGCCUUGGACAAUUGAAAUCACUGGUGACUGCUACAGCUGCAAACAACAAAGAAGACUGUCCUCAACAAUCAGAGAGUUUAUAUGAUGGUGAAAACACUGAUAAUUCUAAUGAAGAGGUCACUAUAGAAUCCCAAUGUCGUAACAGUGGUCGUGCCAACAUAUCCGAUGAUGGUCAUCAGAUCUCAACAAAAGUAACAAGAGGAAAUAAAAGAAUUGUGGCACCUGCACAUGAGCGAACAAUUAGAGUCACUAGGCAAAGAAUUGCUGAAAUAAACCAAGAAAAUAGCCACAACCCGUCUGUUCAUAAACAACUCAGUUCAUGUCCUGCUACAAACCAUGAUUCGAUCGAAACUCUUGUUGUUCCUACACAACCUAGUGCAAAUGCCACCAUAGACAAUAACCCAACACAUCACAUAGACAAUGCUAUAGAGCCUAAUUCUCUGAUAUAGGAGGAGAGUGAUAACCACAAUGCAGUUGAAGAUAUCAUACCAAGGAGAAAAAGUAUGGGCAAACAACUUGAAUCGUUAAGCAGAGGACUAGGAAUGAAGAUUCCAAUCCAAAUUACUGAAGGGAGCAAGAGGCCAGAGCCACCCAUUCAAGCUGCUAAGUUUGCAUCAGAGGGGGGAAUCACAUUGAGGCAGCACAUUCCAAUAUUUCACCACUGGAAGGAGUACAAGAGGAAAGAGAAUGAACCUACAAUAAAAAACUAUAUUGGAAAAGUUACUGCUCAAUUCACCAUGGACAAUGAUAGCAAGGCAGUGGAAGUUGCAUGUCUAGAUAUGCUAAAGGUUGGACAACGCCAAAUGAGGUAUAGACUAAAACAAAAGUAUUUCAAUGGGAUACCUGCUAAUCAAGUGAGGACUACAUCGCCUAUUUCAAGCAUGUCUGAUGAGGACUGGAGAAAGUUGGUGGAGAAGUGGUCUACCCCAAAACACAAGGAUAGUUGUAUGAAGAAUAAACUUAAUCGUGAAAAAGUACAGUAUCAACAAUGCACAGGAUCCCAGUCAUAUAUUGCAAAAGCUUAUUUACUGAAACAAGAGAAAUAUAAGGAUGCUGAACCGAGUGCAAUAGAUCUUUUCAAGGACAUGCAUUGCAGCAAGAAGAAAGGUUUUUCUGAAAAUGUAAAGAAAGCAAUUGUUGACAUGGAAGCAAUGGUGACAACACCAGUUGAGGAUGGACAACAGCAGAAGUCUCCUAUGGAAGUUGUUUCUGAAGUGCUAGGGGGCUCCAGUUUAUUUCUAAAGAAUGUUGGUCUGCAAGAUAACUCCAAGAAAAGCUCCACAACAACUGUUUCUGCAAUGGUUCAAGAACUUCAGAAUCAAUUGGAGUUUGAGAGGCUAGAAAAAGAUGGACUUCGGGAAGAAGUAGAAACCUUAAAGGCUCAGGCACAGGCCUCAAAGGAGACCAUGGACAAUAUGAAGAGAUCGAUGGAAGAAAAUAAUAGUCUCCUCCAUCAACUGUUGAGCUUCAAUCGAAGCCAAGUGCCCCCAUCUUAAGUCUGCUAUAGUAUCAUGUUAUAUUAGUUCUGGAUUCAGGUUUUAUAAAUUUGGAAUAUGUUUAAACUUUCAUACUUUGAGUUGAAGUUAUAGGAUUUCCUUUGU